UAGGAACCGAAAGUUGUUUAAAUUGCUUUCAUAAUAUAUAAUUUUGACCCAGCGUUUCAGAUGAAAUGGUGUCUUUACUUUUUCAUUUUGCAACCCUUUUUGUAUUACUUUGUUUUCUCGAGGCUGCACAAGACUUUCAGGAAGUGUCUGAUUGUCCAAAAAAUGCAGAUGCUUGGAGAAUUGCAUCGGACAAGAAAAAUUGUCAGGGAGACACGACCGACUACUUAUGUGCAGCGAUAGAAAACAGUGUUGGUCGCUUCGGGGAAAUAUGUACUAGAUAUGGACUACAAUCUGCCAAUACGUGUGCAGUUCUCCAUUCACACACACACAAUUUGCAAUCAGUGCCGUGUAAUGUAUCAGAAAGAUGUCCAGACAAGCCCUACAACCCCGGAGAACUUUAUAAAUGGCCAGUUUGUUACGAAGAUUUCUCUGGAAACAAAAGGCAGGUGAAAUGCUGUGGUUAAUAAUAUACAAUGAUCUGUGCCUCGG